AUGUAUAAGGUUCUUUUGAUUGGCGAUCCGGCGGUCGGAAAAACUUGCUUUGUUCAUCGCUUUGUUAAUAAUACAUUCCAAGAAAACUAUAAAGCGACUCUCGGAGUCGAUUUCGCGUUGAAAACUCUCAAACUUGAAGACGGCAAUUCAUUAAAACUGCAAAUAUGGGAUAUUGCAGGGCAAGAAGGAUUUACUUCUAUGACACGAGUAUAUUUCAAGGGCGCAUCUGCAUGUGUUCUAAUGUUCGAUAUCACUGACCCUAAAACAUUCCAAAACUGCACGCUAUGGAAGCAAGAUCUCGACGCAAAAGUGUUUUUAGCAGAUCAAAAUUCGAUUCCAUGUCUUCUACUAGCAAAUAAAAGUGACCUCAAAAAUGAGAGACAAAUAUCAGAUCAAUAUAUUGAUAGAUUUGCAAAAGACAAUGAUUUUGUGGGCUGGAAACUGUGUUCUGUAAAAAAUAAUGAAGGACUGCAAGAAGGAAUGAAAUUAUUGAUCAGUCACAUGCUCCAACGAUGUAAUGCGAUCUCUAUGACAGCAGAAAAUACAGUUUUAUCGUUAGAAUCAGAUGUCGAAAAGCCAAAAAAAUCUUGCUGCUGAUCAAGCCAAUGAAUUUCUACUAGAGGAACAGAACUUUCAUCAUGAUCCACAAUCUUUCAAAUAUCGCGAGACAGUUAAAUAUAUAUAAACAUGUUCAAAUUUAUACAAUGCAUCUUUUCAUACAUUUGUUUUAUUGUUAUGGAUAGUCAUAUAUAGGAAAAACAAAAUUUAGAUAUGGUACAAUCUUAUUUCUUUGAUGCUUGUUGCAGAGUAGUUCUAUUUUACUAGUUCUAAGUCCUAGCAAUA